UUCGUAAUAUUGCUUUGACACGAUAUAAUAAUUGUGGUUUAAAACAAGUUAACCUCUCUCUCUCUCUCUCGCUCGGUCGGUCGGUCGGUCGGUCGGUCGGUCGGUCGCUCGGUCGCUCGCUCGCUUCUUUUUUUUAUUUCACAUUAUAUCGUAGAAAGAAGACAGAUAUUUGUUAAGCGGAAUAAGGAAGGAAGAAGAAAUACAGAAAGAAUAAAAUAAUAAUACUAACUUCUUCGAUAACUGAAAUCUUCAAAUAGCAAAAUGUCAGUACCUAAUUUAAGCUUGGAACAUCUCGCUGAAGUAAAGGCCUUCGUCGAAUUGUGCAAGUUGGAUCCUUCGAUCUUGUGUAAACCAGAAUUUGCUUUUGUUAAAUCAUUAAUAGAGCAUUUUGGUGGUAAAGUAGAAAUUUCUGAAACAAAAAGUGAAACCAAAUGCAAGACCGAGGAAACUGAAUCUAAACCACAAGUAGAAAGCGAAGAAAGUGAUUUGGAAUUAGAUAUGACAGGAGUUAUAGAGCCAGACACUGACGGGCCUCAAGAAAUGGGAAACUCUACUUUGCAACCGACGGAAGAAGAAAUUGCAGAGUCUCAAGCGAAACGUUCGGAAGCUGUUUCAGCAUUUGCAGAGAAAGAUUAUGAAAAGGCUAUACAGCUUUAUACAGAAGCUAUUAUAUUAAAUCCACAGGCAGCACUUUUAUACGCUAAACGUGGACAAAUAUAUCUACUAUUGAACAAACCUAAUGCAUGCAUUCGCGAUUGUAAUAGAGCAUUAGAAUUGAAUCCUGAUAGUGCAGCAGGUCACAAAUUUAGAGGACGAGCCUAUCACUUACUUGGAAAAUGGGAAGAAGCAGCGAAUGACUUGAGACUCGCUUGUAAAUUUGAUUUUGACGAACAAGCGGACGAAUGGCUGCGCGAAGCUACUCCAAAUGCUCGUAAGAUCGAAGAUCACAAAAGAAAGAAAGAACGUAAAUUCGAAGAAAAGUUGGGACAUGCAAAAGGGGAAAAUGUAAAAGAAGAGAAGAAGGAGGAGGCUACGAAGGGAACUCCCGGUGAAAAGGAAGAUUUCCACAAUUUCUUAUGCGAUCCGGAAAUGCUCGAAUGUUUUAUGGAUCCAGAGAUAUUCGUAGCCAUUAAAGAAAUAUACGAAAAUCCAACGAGCCUUUGGAAAUAUCAUAAAAAUCCGAAAAUCGUAGCGUUCAUUGAGAAAGUAGCAAAGAAAUUUGACGGUGAUACGGGUAGGCCUAAUUUAUCCAAUAUGAUGGCUGGUAUGGCAGGUUUUUCCGGUUCAAACGCUCCGCAAUUUAAUGCACCAAAAUCUUCGACCCAAGCUCAACCACAAGAUGACGUUGGUCUUGACUAGAUUACGCAGUAAAGAUUGGUCGCCAUUCUAUGAGGACGGCAUCGAUGAUGGAGUCUCGAGACCGAGAAUGCUUUCUGCCCUCUGUUGUAUAACAUUAUUUUCAAGAUAUUUUCAUUUAUAUUUUCCACAAAGCUCCACGCGUUUUAUUGUUUUUCACAUACGAUUAGAGUUACUUGAGAAUACAUUACUUAUAGUGGACUUUGUCACGCUGCUUUGCAUGUACAUAUUAUAUUUGAUCGUCGCUAUUACGAUGCGCAUUAAUAUCUCAUUUAUCAGCCUUGUCAUGUUAAAUCUACAGAUUAUAGACGUUGUAUCUAUGAAGAAAUAUCUUUCAGUCAAACUCGAUAUAUUAAAGUUUUACGUUUUAUGUUAAUAAUAUUAACGCAAUAAAAUAUGUAUAUUGCGGUCCCAUUAAA